AUGACUUUGAUUGCUUUGAGAUCAGGAUACGCUUACGGAGACAUGUGCAUGGCCAACCGAAAACAAGGCCUCACAGCCGCCCAAAAACUUGAACAAGUGACAGUCGCCCAUUAG